GUGGUAAGAUGGAGGCGGCCACUAAGAGCACGUCGAAGACUCAAUAACACACCUUUCAGUGUUAUAUGUCCGCUUAUGGCUACAACGUACGUUUCGUUGUAACAGUUACGAAAAAUAUAAGUGACACUAGGUCGCAGCUGGACGUGAAAACUGGAACAAUGUCUGUUCUGGGAGUUUUCCUGAAAGCUGGAGCGUCCUUCUGUCAGUCUGCUGGGACUCUGUUCCACACAGCCAGGACCAUUUCCACCGGUACAUGCUGUCGGAUCAGGAUGCAUGCCAUCCCGAAGCUGAAGACGGUGGACCGGUGGACUGAGAAGAGGAGCAUGUUUGGAGUUUAUGAUAACAUUGGCAUCUUAGGAGACUUUAUUGCUCAUCCCAAAGACCUCAUUGUGGCUCCCUGUUGGCUGAAGGGUUUCAGAGGCAAUGAAAUGCUUCGUCUUGUUAGAAAGAAGAAGAUGAUGGGAGACAAAAUGAUGACUAUGGAAAAACACAACUUGGAGAAGAGGAUCCGCUUCCUCUACAGACGCUACAAUCGCACGGGCAAACGCCGCUAACAUUGAACAAACCAUACUGGCAUAUACAUCUGACCUGCCAAUAAGGACGGUUGUAGUCUACCUGCGUGGUUUCAUGUUGUCGGAGGAUUCUUUUUUUAAACUAUAUAAAAAGAAGAUUUGUGUGUUCCAGAGCAGCA